AUGACAGCCAAGCAGAUGGAAGUGAUGAAGGCAGAGCUGUUGGAAGCCCAGGCUGCUCCACCAACGUCACAAGCUCCAGCGGCUCCAGCCGCUCCACCAGCUCCAGCCGCUCCGCCUCUGACAGCCGCUGCUCCAGUGGCCGAGGCCCCAACGUCAGAGGCUGAAGAAAAGGUCGGAGCUCCGGAGGCAGAUGAAGCUGGCGAAGGAGUGGCUGACUUGCUCUCGGCUAUGAAGGAAGCAGGCCUAGGAGAGCAUGCUGAGAUCGCAGAGGAGUGGUGCAGAGAACAGGGUGCCGAGCUGCUCUCCGAGGUGAUUGAGUUCUUUGACGACUUUGUGGCAGGCGUAGGCCUCUCGACCGAGGAGCGCGAUCGGCUGUCGAACUGCUUGGGUGUAGAGGAUGAAGAUCUCAAGGAGGCCAAACGCAUCGUGGCAGAGGUGGAGGCAGAGAUUGCAAAGCUCAACACGGAAUCGAAGAAGACUUCGAAGAAGCAAAAGGGACCUUUGCUGGCAAGAAUAAAGGAAUUGGAGAAUGAGCCCAACUACCUGGCGGCCCAGCGCUUCGUGGCCGACCCAGCAGCUGAGCGCGAGCGGAAGCGCCAGGAGCUGCUGCGACGGCUCGAGGCCAAGGCGCGGGAAGCGGUGGCCGACCGCGACCUGCCCAAGGCCACGGCCGCGCUGGCGGAGUUCCGGGCUGCCGGCGGCAUCAGCGGCAACGAGGCCGGCUCGCUGGCCGCGGAGCUGGCAGCGCUGCGCUCCGAGCUUGCGGCCGAGAAGCGGGACCCCGAGGAGCAGCGGAGGCGCAUGGAACAGAGGAAAGCUGCGAAGAAACGAGGCUUUCAGUUCGACCCGCCGGAGGGUGCCGAGGCGGAGCCGCCUCGCCUCGUGCGGCUGAAAGUGGAUCCGGAGCUCGGUGCAGGCUUCGACGCGCAUGCUACGUGGUACGGCAUGGUGAUCGAAGAAAUCGAUGAUGAGUCGGGUCAAGAUGGUUUGGGGCCUGGAGAUUGCAUCUCUACAAUUGGUGGCAAGUCUUUGCAGGAGAUGGAGGACUGUGAGCCGGUGUUUAUCGACUGCUUAGAGGAUGGGGUGGAGGUUGAGGUAGAACCGAAAUGUCAUGCCAGUGGCACAGUACCCGUUGGAGCCAAAGAUGUUGAUUGGACUGCCUUGCAAGCAGACCUUGCCAGCUUCGGACCAGAUUACCAGGUGGACUUCAAGCUCUCGCCGGACAAGAAGCAGCUCCGCAUGAGCGGCCCACGAGCCGCAGUGAUUGCAGCAAGGGAAGAUGCGACGCAGGUGCUGGCCACCUACUUCCCUGCUUGA